AUUGGCUGGCGGCGGCCGCCGGGGCGCUGCGGAGCCGCCGGGCCGCGCCGCUGCCGCCGCUCCCCUCAGCCGGCAGGGCCGGGCCCGCCAUGGCCCCCGCCUGGAUCGGCCGCCUGUGCCUGCUCCUGCUCUACCUCUGCGGGGAGGCCGCCGCGGGGAGAGACUUCUACAAGAUCCUGGGGGUGUCCCGCGGCGCCUCCAUCAAGGACAUCAAGAAGGCCUAUCGCAAACUGGCGCUGCAGCUCCACCCCGACAGGAACCCCGACGACCCCCGGGCGCAGGAGAAGUUCCAGGACCUGGGCGCUGCCUACGAGGUGCUGUCAGACGAGGAGAAGAGGAAGCAGUACGAUGCCUAUGGAGAGGAGGGCCUGAAGGAUGGGCACCAGAGCUCCCACGGAGACAUCUUCUCCCAUUUCUUUGGGGACUUUGGAUUCAUGUUUGGAGGGAACCCUCGCCAGCAAGACAGGAAUAUUCCCCGAGGAAGUGACAUCAUUGUGGACCUGGAGGUCACACUGGAGGAGGUGUAUUCAGGAAACUUUGUAGAAGUUGUCAGGAACAAGCCAGUGGCAAGACAGGCACCUGGCAAACGGAAAUGCAACUGCAGGCAGGAGAUGAGAACCACCCAGCUGGGGCCUGGGCGCUUCCAGAUGACUCAGGAAGUUGUUUGUGAUGAGUGUCCCAACGUCAAGCUGGUGAAUGAGGAGAGGACGCUGGAAGUGGAGAUAGAGCCGGGGGUGAGGGAUGGCAUGGAGUAUCCCUUCAUUGGGGAAGGUGAGCCCCACGUGGAUGGGGAGCCAGGAGAUUUGCGCUUCCGAAUAAAAGUUCUUAAGCACCCAGUGUUUGAAAGGAGAGGAGAUGACUUGUACACAAACGUGACAAUCUCGCUGGUCGAGGCACUGACAGGCUUUGAGAUGGAUAUUGCCCACUUGGAUGGGCACAAGGUUCACAUUGUGCGGGAUAAAACCACAAAACCCGGCGCCAAGCUGUGGAAGAAGGGAGAAGGUCUUCCAAACUUUGAUAACAACAACAUCAAAGGCUCCCUAAUAAUCACCUUCGACGUGGAGUUCCCCAAGGAGCAGCUGACGCCGGAGCAGCGGGAAGGUCUCAAGCAGCUGUUGAAGCAAGGAUCAGUGCAGAAGGUCUACAACGGAUUGCAGGGAUAUUGAUGUGUGGAAAAACUGGACUUCCCUGGAAAUGCAAAGUCAGAUUUGUUUGCAGUCUUUUCUCCUGCCCACUGUAGAAGGGGGAAGAGGGAGGGGGGCAAUGGCUGAGGUUUAGCUCAUCUUUGGUUUGUAAAUUAUGGAAGUGCUCAGAGUUUGGGGAAAUACUUUUUCAGGACAUAACUGGUGCUGCCUAUCAUGUUCCACGUCCUGGAACAACAGAGAUUCCUUGAGCAGGAAAACAUAGGUGGGGAAAGGAGUUUUAAAUUCCACACAGAUUGGAAUUCUGGUUUUUAAAUAUAUUUUGAUGUGACUUUU